AUGGCUUCCUUUCAGCGGCCAAUGGCGACGGCCAUCGCCAGGGCAGGUCGCCUCGUCGGCCCUCGCGGCUGCGCGGCAUCCCGAGCCUUGACGGCUUCCGCAACGACGCCCUUGCGUGCCGCCGUGAGGCACCCGCUCCCGACGACAAGCCAAAUCGCCUUCCGCAGAUACUACGCGGCCGAAGCGCCCAAGGCCAAACCAAAGGCCGGCAAGCUGCGCAGGACGUUGCGGUGGAUGUGGAGGCUGACAUACCUCUCUGCCGCCGGCCUGGUCGGCUAUACCUUCUACAUGGUGUACGAAGACCGCCACCCCGAACCCCAGUUCGAGCCCAGUCCCAGCAAGAAGACGCUCGUCGUUCUCGGAACCGGUUGGGGUUCCGUCGCCCUGCUCAAGAAACUUGACACCGAAAACUACAACGUCAUUGUCGUCUCGCCUCGGAACUACUUCCUCUUCACCCCCCUGCUGCCUUCCUGCACCACGGGCACCAUCGAGCACCGGUCCAUCAUGGAGCCCGUCCGCGCCAUCCUCCGCCACAAGAAAGCCGCCGUCAAGUACUACGAAGCCGAGGUGUCCUGCAUCGACCCCGACCGCAAGAUGAUCAAGAUCGUCGACAACUCGGAGAUCAAGGGCGCAAUAUCGGAGACGGAGAUUCCGUACGACAUGCUGGUCAUCGGCGUUGGUGCCGAAAACGCCACCUUCGGUGUCCCUGGCGUGAGAGAGCACAGCUGCUUCCUGAAGGAGAUUGGCGACGCCCAGCAGAUCCGCAAGACCAUCAUGGACUGCGUCGAGACGGCUGCUUUCAAGGGUCAGAGCGCCGAAGAGGUCGAUCGGCUGAUGCACAUGGUUGUCGUCGGCGGCGGCCCCACCGGUGUCGAGUUUGCCGGUGAGCUUCAGGAUUUCUUCGACGAGGACAUCAGGAAGUUGGUCCCCGACAUCAGCCCACGCUUCAAGGUGACGCUCAUCGAGGCUCUGCCCAACGUCCUGCCCUCCUUCUCGAAACAGCUGAUCGAGUACACGGAGAACACGCUGCGCGAGGAGAGGAUCAACAUCUUGACCAAGACGGCCGUCAAGAAGGUGACGGAGAAUUCCCUCGAGGCCGAGAUGAGCCGGCCCGACGGGACCAAGGAACGCGUCAUCAUCCCGUACGGCCUCCUUGUCUGGGCGACCGGCAACGCCGUCAGGCCCGUCGUCAAGGACCUCAUGUCGCGAAUCCCCGCCCAGAAGGACUCUCGCCGUGGCCUCGCCGUGAACGAGUACCUCGUCGUCCAGGGCACCCGUGACAUCUGGGCCAUCGGCGACUGCGCCGUGGCCGGGUACGCGCCCACCGCUCAAGUCGCCUCCCAGGAAGGAAACUUCCUCGGUCGCCUUCUCAACAACAUGGCCAUGACGGGGGAGCAUGAGGAUCGCAUCAAGGAGCUGAGCAGCACCAUGAAUCUGCAAGCCGGAAACGCCGCCGAGGUAGCCGAGGAGAUUGAAAGGCUUGAGAAGAAGUUGCGGAGAAUCAGGGAUGUGAAGCCCUUCCGAUACAGCCACCAGGGCAGCCUUGCCUACAUUGGCAGCGAAAAGGCCGUUGCCGACGUGAGCUGGUGGAACGGCAACUUCGCCACCGGUGGCAGCAUGACCUACCUAUUCUGGAGGAGCGCCUACCUGUCCAUGUGCUUCAGCACCCGCAACAGAGUUCUUGUCGUCGUCGACUGGCUCAAAUCCAAGGCCUUUGGUCGCGAUGUGUCUCGAGAGUGA